AUGGACGCCGGAGCCUAUUCUACCCUUCUCGGUAUACGAAUGGCUUUCGAGGACUCUAAUAAUAAUAAAAUACUAUUCGAUAUCUUACUCGUCGUGCCAUUGGCGGAGGAUAUGCUUAACAUUGCACCUAUUGUCUAUAUUGUAUUCCCGUCGAUCGAAACGCGCGCCAUUAAGUUUCUAGUUUAUACUAACCGUACACGUUUCGUCGAGGAUAUAAUCAGGGAUAACGUUAUACAUGGUCGAGCUGUGGUAGCCCGUCCUCUAGUAACCGAUAAACUAUCCCCCGCGAAGAAGAAGAAGAAGGGUUCUAAGACUAAAAAUACCGCCGAUCCUGUUAUAAAUAAGACCGGCAAAACGUCUAAGACCGCACCGCCACUUAAGAAUAGUAUAGUAGUAAAAGAGCCGACUAUAGAAACGCUACACCCUACUACGGAACUAUCUUCGGCAAAGGAACCCGAAGAUAAUACUAAUGAUUUGGGUUCUAUACCUCCGCCUGCAGAUGGCGAACUUCCUAAUAAUCCGGACUCCGAACCCGAUGCCUCUAACUUGCUACCACCGCGAAUACCGUUAAAAUCCAAAGCCCGGAAAGUAGUUAGAACGCCAUCGAAAAGAUCAAAGCCGCAGCUGUAA